CCCUCACAACAAGCCCCCCCCCCCCAAACAACAACAAUGACGACCCCCAUCGUCGAAGCCGCCAAGCGCAAAACAUCCGACGCCCUCACCGCCGCCAAGGGCGUCGUCAAAGAAGCCGAAGCGCCCCUCAAAGCCGCCGCCGAAAACCCCUCCCAAGCCUCCCGCGACAUCCUCCACACCCCGCUCAUGCGCGCCGCCCUGCCCUUCAUCAACGGCGGCCUCUCCGGCAUGGCAGCCACCUGCGUCGUCCAGCCCGUGGACAUGGUCAAAGUGCGUCUCCAGCUCGCCGGCGAGGGAGGGGCAAAAGGAGGCAGUGCCGGUGCCGGUGUAAGUGCCAGACCCACCGCGCUCUCCGUAGCGAGAGAUAUCAUCAAGGCGGGCAAGGUGCUAGACCUAUACUCGGGUCUGAGCGCAGGCCUCCUCCGCCAGGCCGUCUACACGACCGCACGCCUAGGCCUCUUCGACACCAUCAUGACACGCCUGAGCGCGGCCCCGAACAGCAGCAGCAGCAGCAGCAGCAGCAGCAGCAGCAGCAGCAGCAGCAGCAGCAGCACACGCCCAUCCAUCGGCUUCAAGGAACGCGCCGCUGCGGGCCUCGCAGCAGGUGGCCUAGCAGCCAUGCUCGCAAACCCCGCAGACCUCGCCCUCAUCCGGAUGCAAUCCGACGGCCUCAAACCCGCCGGCGAGCGCGCACGCUACAAAUCCGUCAUCGACGCCCUGACACGCAUCGGCCGAAGCGAAGGCAUAACCGCGCUCUGGGCCGGCGCAACACCGACAAUCGCACGUGCAAUGGCGUUGAAUUUCGGACAAUUGGCAUUCUUCAGCGAGGCCAAGAGCCGGCUGCGGGACAGUUCGACGGUGACGCUGACGCCGCGGAUGCAGACGUUGACGGCGAGUGCGUUUGCGGGGUUCUUUGCGAGUUUCUUCAGCUUGCCGUUUGACUUUGUGAAGACGCGGUUGCAAAAACAGCAGCGGGGCCCGGAUGGGAAGAUGCCGUAUCGGAAUAUGGUUGAUUGUUUUGGGAAGGUGGCGAGGGAGGAGGGGGUGUUGAGGUUUUAUCGCGGGUUUACGACGUACUAUGUGCGGAUUGCGCCUCAUGCGAUGAUCACGCUUAUUAUUGCGGAUUACCUCAACUUCAUCACGAAGUGAGCGUCUUGGCGGCAGGGAACAUGAUUGACCAGACUCGGCCACUCGAGUCGAUGCGGAAGCAAGAAUUGCAAAGCGUAAGGAACAGAUAUUGGAGGUGACAAUUGCAACGCAUCACGAACAGGCGUUAUGGAUACGGAACGGAACGGAACGGAGUCGGUUUGAUAUUUUGCAGAAGUACUUCAUAUUGCCGAAUGAAGUGUGUUGUAUCAGAGAGAGUUCUGAGUACUAGAGAGUUGAGUUAAUAUACACGAGACUAAUUAGUGCUAGCGUGCCUGCCUUCCAUGAGCGAAGUUUCUUCUUCAA